UGCUUCUGCCUGCUGCCCAUUGAAACCAACAUGGCGGCGACUCCGACCACGAAUCCGUCUCAGCUGCUCCCCCUCGAGCUCGUGGACAAAUGUAUCGGCUCCCGAAUUCACAUCGUCAUGAAAACCGACAAAGAGAUCGUCGGCACCCUGCUGGGUUUCGACGACUUUGUCAAUAUGGUCCUAGAAGACGUGACAGAAUUUGAAAUCACACCAGAGGGACGGAGGAUAACCAAACUGGACCAGAUCCUCCUCAACGGCAAUAACAUCACCAUGCUCAUACCUGGAGGAGAAGGUCCUGAAGUAUGAGAUGAGGAUCGUCAUUGAAGGCUGAGAGUUUUGAGUUGUGGAUUGAUGCCUUUCCUAUGUUGUGUUCCUGAGUUUAUAUCAUUAUCGUUGUUUUUGGAUCAUUCCCUCUUGCUCUUUAGUGAGGAAAAUAUUUUUGUAAGAUUCCCUUAGUGAGUAUUUGUUAUAAAAAAAGGUUAAAUUAGAACUGUGUCAUGAAUCACACAUGACAAAAAACUGUUUUUCUUUUUGCAAAUAAAUAAGAAUCAUUUGAAAAUGCAAGCUUUUACUUAUUAUUUCUUAAACAAAUAGUGUCAUCACACAACAGCAGAGAUGAAACUUUGAUCCAGUUAUUUCUGAUUUGAAUAAGACACAUUUAAUAAUGCACUUGCAGAAUGGGGUUGGUUUUCCAGAUUCUUCUUCCGACAGUAAACGGGUAGAAAAAUCGGUUUACAUUUUCUUCUGCUUUGACAAUAUUGUGGUAAAUAGUUCUGAUUAAAAAGUUCAUACAUUUGUUGUUCGUUCUUUAUCUUUCCACCAGAAAAACUCUUAUAAGAUAUGCACAAAGUGAACAAUCGCCACAUGAGUCUCUUUGGAAGCUUUUCCAACAGUAUCUCCCAUCUGUAAGAAAGGUCCUGGAUCAUUGAACCA